AUGAAAACUGAGAUAAACUAUUAUACCAAGUUAAGUAAAUAGUUUCUGAGAAAGGAUUUAAUUUAUUAAAUUUAUGAUUCAUAUUAUCUUGAUAAUAAAUAAAAUUUCUACAUAUUUGAGCUUGAAUACCCUGAAGAAAGUUUUUUUAGCUAGCUGAAUAAUUAUUAAGAUUAACCAGUUUUUAAAAGUGCAAUCGAAAAGCUUAAAGAGUUUUUCAGUGAAUAAUUCUUAGAUUUAGGUGAUUAUUUUCCAAUAUUUUGUAUUAACAACCUAAAAAUCAAUUUAUUUGAUUUGUGUAAGUAUUAGAAAUAUUUUUUUAACAAGAUUACAAAUAUCAGUAAAAAACAAAGAUAUAAAGUGAAGGAAUAGUUUGAUCUUUAAGCAUUGAACUAAAUUCCAAUUUGUCUGCAUUUUACAUAAUUCCAAGAGUUUUAACCAAAGCAAAAAUAAUAAAUUACAAAUUAAGGAUAAAUCAUGUUGGUAGAAUAUGACAAUAAUCAAUAAGAAUAAGAAAAUGAAAAUUUAUAAGAUGACAUCUCUUAGGAUAGUGUAGAAGAUGAACUUUAACUGCAAUUAUAAUUAGAUGAAGAAUUUAAUUAAGAAUAAUACAUACUUAACCAAAUAAAUAGCUUUAAAAAUGCAAUUUUUUUAAAAAUAAAAAAGGAAAAUCUUUUAGAAAAAAUAAAAGAAUUCUAUUCAGAUAUUCUAUAAUAUCAUUCAGAGUAACUAUUCUUGCUAAUUUAAUAACAUCCAAAGUAUGAUUAUUUCUAAGUGCUAUCAUAUGACAUUGAUUAUGUAGAAUUAAAGAUUCUAUAAAAUAAAACUUGGAAAACUUUAUUAAUAAAGAAAUUUAAUUGCUUUUAAAAGGCUUAAGAUGAAGAAAAUUUAAUAAAUUUAUAAGCAAACAUCAUUUAAAAUGCAAUAAACACAGAGAUUAUUGUAUUAGAAAAACAUUUUUAUCUUUUAACAGAGUAUAAAUAUUUUAGAAAUUAAUUUUAAAAAUAUCCUUCAUUAGAAGAUUUAUUAACUAUUUUUAGAGGAUAAUCUAAAAACAAAUUAUUCAUAUACUAAUUGCUUGUAGAAAUUAAUCAUUGUUUUUGGAUGUUAAGAAAACUUUUAAAAGGAAUAAAAAUUUGA